GUGAAACUAAAUGUCGGAGGUAGUCACUUUACCACAAGCCUGCAAACGCUAACAAGAGAUCCCAACUCGAUGCUCGCAGCCAUGUUUUCAGGCAGGCAUGAGGUAGAGACUACUGAAGACGGUUCCUUCUUUAUCGACCGAGAUGGAACUUACUUCCGCUUUAUAUUAAAUUAUCUUCGUAACGGAGAACUAAUCUUGCCAGAGGGGGCAAAAUUUCUCGAGGGACUUGAAGUAGAAGCCAGGUUUUACCAAGUGCAAGGGUUACUGGAUGAGCUGAAGGUUGCAAGAGCAUUGAAAGUGUUUGAGAAAUCCGUGAUUUUGACCGACAGAGAUUUUCGAAAUGUCUUGAUACGCUGGAUACCUAUGGAGUUUAUUCUUGCAGGCGAAUGGCGUUUGCUGUUCCGAGCUUCUAGAGAUGGUUUCACUGCUUCAGCGUUUCAUUCGAGAUGCGACAACAAAGGACCUACAGUCACUGUUGUGAAUAGUGAUGGAAACAUUUUUGGAGGCUUCACUGAGAGCGCUUGGGCAGGUAAGACUGAUAAUACUGCUUUUGAUCGUAUAUUCAGUAUAUUAGAGCGGAUUUGCAGCAUACAAAUUUAUACGCUUUAAUGGUUUCGUAUUCUACGACUGCCCAUAAGUCAAAGAUAUAUUUUUUAUUAACAGCACCGACCGAGUACAUGUACACCAGAUGGGCUAGAUACCUGCCAUGCUGCCGAGCCUUUCUGUUCAGCUUAGUCAACCCGAGUGGUCUGGGACCGACCAAAAUGUCGCUACUUAAUGGGAUGGAACAGUUUGCGAUCACUAGUUAUUAUGACUGUGGACCAGUGUUUGGUCAAGGGCACGACCUAUGGGUAUUAAGACAAAAUGGACGACAGGGUGGCAGUACUCUUGGCAGAGCCUAUCAGUGCCCUCCAGGACAACAGAAGGAGUUUUUUACAGGCAGCAGUGAUUUCACCAUCACAGAUGUCGAAGUGUUUGGACUUCAUAGGUGAUAAAUAAGCGUACAGGUAAGAAAGGGUAAUACAGCCAAACUGUUGAAAUAUUAAGAGCGAAGCACCUCAACCGGAAGUGAGGCCUUGUACCUUUCGAUAUGCCAUGANAGCUUAGUCAACCCGAGUGGUCUGGGACCGACCAAAAUGUCGCUACUUAAUGGGAUGGAACAGUUUGCGAUCACUAGUUAUUAUGACUGUGGACCAGUGUUUGGUCAAGGGCACGACCUAUGGGUAUUAAGACAAAAUGGACGACAGGGUGGCAGUACUCUUGGCAGAGCCUAUCAGUGCCCUCCAGGACAACAGAAGGAGUUUUUUACAGGCAGCAGUGAUUUCACCAUCACAGAUGUCGAAGUGUUUGGACUUCAUAGGUGAUAAAUAAGCGUACAGGUAAGAAAGGGUAAUACAGCCAAACUGUUGAAAUAUUAAGAGCGAAGCACCUCAACCGGAAGUGAGGCCUUGUACCUUUCGAUAUGCCAUGACGCUAACAAAUUUGUAUUGCGAAGUUUCUUUUCUCUUAUAAAGACGAUUUACCCGAGAGUUUCAACCACACUACUGCCCAAUGAUGCAAAAUGUCCACUUCAGGUUGACUUCCGUCCCUCAAAAACGCCCCCGCUUAAGCUCCCUUCUAGUGCUAACGAAUAAGUCGUCAAUUGAAACCUUACAUGUGAUGACAUGCUUCAGUAGGUAGCUGUGUAGAGAGAAUCUUGUUUUUGGCCAGGAUAGCCAGUCUCGGCUUGUAUUGGAACGGCAACUGCAAACGGCGAAUCAGUAAAAUGAACUGUGUAUAAGUGUGUUUGCUUUUUAUUCUCUUUAGGAAUAAAGGCAAGUAAAAUAGAUCAUGCAUGGAAAUUAGUAGCAACGCUAAUUCAAAUUUUGAGGAAAAUGUCAUAAUUUUUUCUUGGUUGGUGUAGACAGUCUCAUUUUUUCUUUUUAAUGUAAAAGUCCUACGUAUAUAGUAGCAAAAGGGUAAUGUCACAAUCAGCUUCUGAAAGGAGUGUCCUCAGAAAAUGAAUAAAGUCAGUUUUGGCUUCUUCGUACAAAACCUGUUCUGCUCUCUCUCUCUCUCUCUGGGCGUCAAUUUUAUCUCUCUGUAUGAGCUUGUAUGCGUAGUGCAUUAAAGCUAGAGAUGAUGGUUGCUUGUCAUCAUCAUAGAUUGCACAUAUGUUUUCACCCUCCUCAUGGUGCUAAAUCAUCUCUCUGAAGUUGCAUUGCAUUUAACACUGGCAUAGUAUGGGGGAGGAUGAGAACAGUGACGACAUAUAUCAAUAAACCCGGCAUUUUUUCGAACAGCUUAGAGUUAAAACUCCGAGAUUGGACGAAAAAAAUGUUUGAUAACAUUAAUAGUUAAACUGUGCAGCAAUCCCCUACAACAAUCUAACGACUUUAUUUUAUUUAAAUCCCUUUAAAAACAAAAAGAACAACCUAAAACGCCCCUAAAUUCAAGUUUACACUGUAAUCAAACGAAAACGGUUUCCUUUACUCAAUUGUCAGAUUUCCAGCGAGUAGUCCGGCAUCAUCUCAGAGAAAGCGAAUCCCGAUCCUCCCAUGCAAGAGGCGAUCUCCACUGAUCCCUUGACUCCCACCACUGUGGCCUGGGUGCCUGAGUCCUGACAUCGACCCUGUGUUGUACGUGUAGUUUGAGUUUUUUGUAGGGUUUCUCUCGCUCCAAGACUUUUUCUCCGGGUACUCCAGAUUUCCCCUCGCCUCAAAACCCAUCAUUUCCAAAGUCCAAUUCGAUCUGAAGUGUCUUCAGUUAGUUGGGAGACCUAGAGCAUUACAGGUUCAUCAGUUCUUGGAACUGUAAAGUAUUGUAUCACCCACUCUAAAUAGCGUCAGUAUUAGUCGUUGUCCAGCAAACUCAGCUGCUGUCACAGAGAAAAACAAGAGGGUAUUCGAUCUACAGGUGAUGUUACACGAGACGAUUUGCAACGACGAUUUGUAGCGCAACACAGCGUUGUAAUGCUGGAACAAUGUUGUAAUCAUUCAAAACAAUGUUGCAACGCUGUGUUACGCUAAAAAUCGUCCUUACGAAUCGUCUCGUGUAACAUCACCUUAAUGUCUCUUUAGGUGUUCGAUUAUUGUUAUUUGGGCUUGGCCCAAAUAGGGUAAUUGAAAUGGCUUUUUUUUUUUACGCAAAGUUGCAAUAGGCACUCAGUACGUGUUAAGGUAAACAAGGCAAGUAAACAAGCGAAGCGAGGCGAAUGUCUGUCGUGCGAACGUCUUGCACAAGGUAAGAGGCAUGUGGGAAAGAAAGCUUUGCUAGCACACGGCACUUAAUCGCACUUUUAACUUUCAAAAGUUAAUCUUAAUCUUCAGUAUUUUUACCUCAUCGAAAUUUGGAAGUCUGAAGUCCAGGGAUCAAAUCCAUCAAAAAUAAUUGGAAUAUUAACUCCGGGCUUGGUCAUAAUAAGACUUUGAACGAUUUUGUUCUGAGAUGUCGAAAGCGUAAGGAGAUGUUGCGCAAAAAUUUUGUGACUUGCAGCCUAGUAAGAUUGCAUGCAAACUCUUUUUUUUUUAAAGUGGUCGAAAUGACUUAACACUUUCUUUACUCUCACCGAUGGUUAACUUAGAAAAUAAAGUGAGUGAAAGUAGUAAAGUACUAAAACAAAGUUAUGUAAGCUCGUAAGUUACCCGACGUAAAACAGAAACUUAGGCGAGUGCUACAGGCGCGGAUCUAGGAUAAAUACGGACCGAUUUCCUAAACAAGGCGGAGUCCCAGGGCAUGCUUUCCCAGGAAAUACUAUUGGAUUUAACUCCCCAAAGACCCCAUACCUAGGUUUCUGAGUCUAAACCUGUCGUAUAACCGGUCAAGGUAAGAGGAGCCUACUUCGGAAUGUUUAGCCGCCUUAUAAUAAUAACAAAGAUUACGGACCUUUAAUCUCCCUCUUUUUAAUACCAAACCAUUUUCCGGAAAAAAUAUUUUUUUUAUGAAAUAUCUGACCGAUUUCCGUAAAACCGUGAAAACCGGGGUGGAUCCGCGCCUGUGCUAAGUGCCGCGUCUGAAUCAAAGCCGUUCCAAAGGCGAAAUUCCAGCCCGGCCGCAUCGUUCCUGAGGGGGGGUGGGUGGGGGUGAGUAUUCUUGGGAAUUCGAGGUGAAUGUGUGCCUUAUAGCACUUCUAAUUACCUAGACUUAUUAAGAGGAACAGCUAAGAGAAUUGCGAACUAGGAACUAGGCGGAUACAAUCAUGUUGAUACUAGAGACGAUAGACAAAGCCCGCUUUGUAGGUCCAAUUAAUUAAGUAUAAGGUGAUGUUCACUAAUGAGGAAUAAUAUUUACAAUAAAUUGUAGACUCUUAUUCCAAAUAUUACCUAGUUACCCCUAAACGAUUUGAUCAAUGAACUGAUGAACACCUCUUUUCUUAUUACUGUAUUGAUGUACAAUUCAUUAGAUAUAUUUCAGUGUGCUUUAAUUUUUGCGACAAAUUAGUAACAAAGUAACUUAAUUGUAAUUAAAUUAAAAUUGAACUCUCCUACUCUUUACUUUGAAAUAGCUUUCACAGUACUGUAUAUAUGAACUUGUAUGGUCAUUAAAAUAAAGCUUGUUGUUGUUGAGAAUGGGGUGCCUAUAGUUUCACCCCGGCCCCAGAUCUGGUUAUUAUCGGUGAGAAAGGACCCCUAAAAGGACAGUGGCGCAAAGAGGUGUCAGAGAAUCUCACAGCGGGAAAUAACAAGAAAGCUCUCCUUGACAGAAAUGAAAACACGGAAACUUCAAAAGAUUAAAGUUCUGAUACAAUUUCUGACCUCUAAACCGCGUUCAGUAUUGUCUAUAUCUCUAGUUCUAUUUGUUUUGAACGGGUAAGUAUUAAUUUCUUGGAGGACUUAGGAGUGACUGCAUGACUGGACUGUCUUUCAAAGGCCACUGGAAGCUAUUGAAAGUAGGACGAAGAAAAGAACUGGCAGGGGUACCCAACGAGGAUAUAGUUCAAAACCACUUACCAUAGCAUUGUUGAACGUAUUUUAGUAUUUAAACGGUAGAUAUAGGCAUAUUUUUAUCCCCUAAAAACUUUUCAUCUGUUCGGAUUUCCUAGCUGAAAGUCUAGUGAUCCGAAAAUUACAGGGAUCAAAACUUACCUUUUCGAAAAUUUCAGCCAGGAAAAGGCUCCCGAAAAUUCUAGAUGGCCUUUUUUAGGGUAAAUAUGGGUAAUUAUACCAUUUUGUAGAUGUUCGAAAAUCCAAGGAGAGGCAGGCAAGCAAGAAAUUUUACAACAAAUGUUCCGAAAAUUCUAGUUCUCAAAUCGUCUUCCGAAGAGAUAUUUUCCCGAAAAUUGCCGUUGGGUGCCCCUGAACUGGAGAGAGGCGGAAGCUACCCACCCUGUCCCUCGUGACAAACAUGACAGACUGCUACAGUGGUACCUCGAUUGAUGAAGUGCCAAGGGACCGGGGAAAUUUGUUCGCUAUAUCGAGGGUUCGUUAUAUCGAACACCUCCAUUUAACGAAUUUUCGGGAAAACUACCAAAAUGAUCGUUAAAUUGUUAAGUUAAUUAAUUUACAGCAGCAUUUCCGGACCUGAACAAUUACUGUGAUAAUAUCAUAGGUGACGAAUUACUCCUUAAUUUGUAUAGGUAAUAGCAUGAUUUGUAGUGAUAUUUGGCAUAAAUACCACAAGUGAUAUUUCAAAAUUGUUAUACGUAAUUUCAUGAGCCGUCAGGCGAGUGAAAUUUGAGACAAUUUUGAAAUAUCACGAGUGGUAUUUAUGCCAAAUAUCACGUACAAAUCAUGCUAUUAUUUGUUUAUACCACUACCCACAAAAGGUUUGUAAUUUUCACAUGUAGGUAUUUCAAAUUAAGCUGAAAUACCACGACUCUAAGGCAAUCAAAUCGCAGAAAUUUCUCAUGUAGUUGUAUAAUGGUGCGAAAUUUCAGCGUCAAACGUGAAAUUACAAAAUUGCCAUGGCAACCUUCCGUACGUGUCAGUGUCAAGAUGGCGAAGAAGUUUUAAAAUGUCAUGAAUGAAGAUGUCAGGGCACAAAAAGACGCUUUAGAAAACCUGAAUACACGAAAGAGAACAUCAAGAAGGAUUCUAACAAGUAUUUUCUCGAAAAACUCUGAACUUAAGCCAAAUUUAAGCUCUAAACGUUCGAGAGAGUGCAGGAAUUCUAAUAAACAUGUCAAGACGUAAUUCGUCGUUAAUAGGUAAUCAAAUGGUAUACUCGUGAAAUUAGGGAAUAAUUUCACUCGUCACCAUUUGAUUACACAUACUAACAUUUCAGACAUUUCAGUACCGAGCUAUACAUAGCUACGGCACUAAAAAUUCAAGAACAGGCUAACAAAACUGGUUAAAACAAUCGAAACAUAAAUUUUAUCCUUGUUGCUUUGUUUGGCAUUCAUCUUUUAUCACAUGCUGACAUUUAUCCGUUAUGUCGAGGUAUAUUUUACGUUUUGCGCUUGUGGAUUGUGUUCGUUAUAAUGUACCCAACGAGAAAAAUUUCAAAAGUGAUUGGAUAUCGCCUCCAGUAAUAUUUUGACAGUAUUGUUUUUAGUUGAUUAUUAACUUCUGUGGGAAAAUUAUAUCCGCGCCCCAAAGCCAGCUAGGAGUAGAUGUUAAAAUGCAAUUUCCAGCCAGGAUCUUUACCUUAGGGGCCUUUUUCAAGCUAGGAUUGUUACCAACAAUUCAUUUUCCCAGCCAGGAAACGAAAUUGAGCCAUUUUCUCCAGGUGAUAGGAAGAAAGGAGAUAACGAAAGUUAACUAGUGUUUUGAAACCUUUCCUUUGCGUGUGACCGCGGUACACAUUUAGUACGCGGGUUUUAAAUGCCAUUUCUAAUUUCUAAUUACCAUAUUUUCUGCGUCAUUUCGCCGGCUUUUCAAUCUCAAUAGUCUGUAGGAAUAAAAAGUCUUCAGCUCAUUCCAAACGCGAGCGAAGUUGGGAAAAUUAAAGAGCUGGUCAGUUACCAGAUUUGAACACUAAUACUGAAGCCAUGAUGACUCCCUUACAACCUCGUUCCCAGGGCCAGAGAAUGUCUGUAAACUACUUUGGCCAAAAAAUAAACACAUUUACUAUCUUCUUCCCUCCCCCUUCUUCUACUACUCAUAAUUCUAAAUUUUAUUCGGCGUACACGCGAAAAGGCCAAUAUUUUGGCCUAUAGGAAGUAAUAAAAAUUGAGAUAAACAUUAUUAACAACUGGCUAUCCGGUGCGUAAAAAUCAAGUGACAGCAAGGUGUUACCCCAUUAUAACAAGAUAUAUAACGGGAUAACGAGGAUUUAGUUAAAUCGAGGUUCUGUUCCAUUUAUUUUACCGUAAUUUCGGCCGGGGUGAAGAAAAUCGUUCGUUAUACCGAGGACUUCGUUAUAUAGAGGUUCGUUAUAUCGAGGUUCCACUGUAGCUGGUUUUGAUUUAACGUUUGAGUUAAGGGACACCUCCAUCCAGACGACACAAAAUUUGGUCCUAGAAAAAUGUUCACAUAAUCUUUGUUUCUGUUACCCCCAUCAAGGGACACCUCUAUUCAGAGAAAAGGGGCACUUAUUUCUGGGUAACCAACAUUUAUCCUCCAUUCAGCAUGUUCAGGGGACACCUUAGCAUUCAAAGAGUAAGUCAGAAAGAGUUUGAAAUGUACACCGCUAUAAAUCACAAUGAUGCUUUCAUAAACUGAACAAUAUCGCUUAAAUUAAUGUACUGCAAUUGUGGAAAUUCAACGAGCAAAUGCGAUAUCACAGAGGUAAGAUUAACAUAUUUUAUAUUACUAUACAUUAUCCCGCUGCUUUGCAAUGUCUGCAGCCGAUUCUCAGGCAGAAUGAAGAAAUAUAUGAUAUUGCCUUUGUUAAUUAUUAACAAACCUCAGUCCAGUCUCCAUUCAGACGCUUGCCUCGGUUCUGAGUUUGCCCCCUGAUGGUUCACUGCACUGUACUAUUACUUUUCAUACUUUGUACAGAGAAAGCAGUUAAGGUUCGUUUCAAUUACGAAGAUCAUGAGCCAUGAAAAUCCUGAUUAUCAACAAGGAUAUCGAGCACUCAUAGACGCUGAAAACUACAUCAAGAAAGGUUGCGAAAUAAUACAGCGAGAAGCGAGCAGAGUUUGUCAUGAGCAAGAGUCCAUCGAUGCAAUGUCGAAGAAACUAGACCAGUUUCACUUUUCAUCCACUGUUAAACUGAACGUUGGUGGUCAACACUUUACCACAAGUGUGCAGACGCUGAAAAAAGAUCCCAACUCAAUGUUAGCCGCCAUGUUUUCUGGAAAGUUUGAGAUGAAGCCUUCUGAAGACGGUUCUUUCUUUAUCGAUCGUGAUGGAACUUACUUCCGGUUUAUACUAAAUUAUCUUCGUAAUGGCGAGCUGAUUUUACCAGAUGGUGCUACAUUCCUCAAGGAACUCGAAGCAGAAGCUAAGUUUUAUCAGCUACAAGGGAUAUUGAAUGAACUGAAUCCUAAAGAACCGUUCGAGGAGUCGGUGAUACUGACGAACGAAGAGCAUCGAAGAAUCUUGAAAAGUUGGUUACCUGAGGCUAUAACAGGGGAAUGGCGUUUGCUAUUUCGAGCUUCACGAGAUGGCUUUACUGCUUCAGCGUUUCAUUCCAAAUGCGACAACAAAGGACCUACAAUGACUGUUGUAAAAAGUGGUGGCCGAAACAUUUUUGGAGGCUUCACUGAGAACAAUUGGACAAGUAAGAUAAAUUGA